GCUACAACAAACGCAGUGUUGUUGCAGAAGAAAGGCACACGCGUAAAGACUUAUGUGACACUUUUAUGAGGCAGCGAUAAUGCACCAUUUCGAUGUUUGCCAACCAUCACGAAACACCAAGAAAGAAGAUGAACGAGGCGGUUUUAGCUGUCGAGUUGUCCUUUCUUUCCUAUAUAAAGCCCAAUCUGAGAGCAAACUAACGUUUGCAGCAGGAUGGUUUUAGCCGUAGGAUCUGUUUCCGGCGGGGAUACACACAUGUGAGCAAAGCUGGUGCUUUCUCUCACACUCAUCUGACUAUCACCACACAGAGCUAAGUGCCUGGUCGAAUUAAGAAGUGCCCGCAAGUGUUUUGCAGCUAGAAAGCAAGACGUGUUUGUCAACUUCCACGUCGGUCUUUUACAACCUCACCUCCACAAACACUUGGUGCUGAUGGCUGAAUCUGAGCCUACGCCGGCCUCUAUCCAAGUCGGGGAGAAGAGAGGCUGUCCAGAGGAUGAAGAGGAAAGCACACCCUCAAAGAAACCAAGAGUUGAGAGCGAUCACAAGAAUGGAGGUGCUCCACACCAAGAUGAGGAGGAGCCUGAGGGGGAAGCGUGUGAUGAAGAGGAGGAUGGUGACACCUUUGCUGAUAUGAUGAAGCACGGCCUCACUGAGUUGGAUGUGGGCAUUCUGAAGUAUGUCAGUGACCAUGAGGGCUUCUCAGGAAUCCUGAAGGAAAGAUAUUCAGAUUUUGUGGUGCAUGAAAUCAACAAACAGGGCAAGGUAGUACAUUUAGAUGACCUCUCUGUCCCUGUGGAGAGUGAGGAAGUCCAUGAGGCAGAGCAGCAGCCACAAGAAUCCGAUGUGCUGACUGAAGAGCAGAAAAAGCAGCUGGAGGAGCUGCAGCUAUUCAAGAAUAAAGAGGGCAAUGUCUCCAUUGAAGUGGUGGAUGAUACAAAAGAGAAACGGACACUGGUCCACAGAGCCAUCAAGGUUCAGUUUCCUGGUCUGGAGACAAAGACGGAAGAGAAAGACGGUCACAAGUUCAUAGUGGCGUAUCAUGCUGCCGGGAAGAAAGCUCUAGCAGCUCCAAGGAAACACUUCUGGCCCAAAACUCGUGGCAGUUUCUGCCACUUUGUCCUGUACAAGGAGAACAAGGAUACCAUGGAUGCCAUCAAUGUGCUUUCAAAGUUCCUCAGGGUCAGACCCAACAUGUUUUCCUACAUGGGAACCAAGGACAAGAGGGCCAUCACUGUGCAGGAGAUUGCUGUGCUAAAGAUCACAGCGGAGAGAUUGGCUCACCUGAACAAGUGCCUCAUGAACCUUAAGCUGGGAAACUUUUGCUAUAAAAACCAUCCUCUAAAGCUGGGGGAGCUGCAGGGCAAUCACUUCACUGUGGUCAUCAGGAACAUCUCAGGAACAGAUGAGCAGGUCCACCGGGCCAUGACAUCCCUCAAGCAGACAGGCUUCAUCAACUAUUACGGCAUGCAGCGCUUUGGCACCACAGCUGUGCCUACACACCAAGUUGGCAGGGCCAUCUUAAAAAACGAUUGGAAUGAGGUGGUGGAUUUGAUUCUGAAACCUCGGCCCGGAGCAGAGAAAGAAUAUGUGGUCCGCUGCAGGGAGGAGUGGGCAAAGAAUCGGGACCCAGAGGCAGCUCUGAAGAAGCUGCCCAACAAGCGCUGUGUGGAGGGGCAGCUGCUACGAGGCCUGGCUAUGUAUGGCAAGAAGAACAUUGUCACUGCCUUUGGACUGAUCCCCCGUAACAACCGUCUGAUGUACAUCCAUAGUUACCAGAGCAUGGUAUGGAACUCCAUGGUGAGCCGCAGAAUUGAAGCCUUUGGUUUGAAGGCUGUGGAAGGGGACCUGGUGCUCAGAGGAGCCGCAGCACAAAUACUGUCUGCAGAGGAGGCUGAGAGUCGCUCCAUCCAUGACAUUGUGAUGCCACUUCCCGGCUUUGACGUUAUCUACCCGACUCACCAUGUAGGUGACGGCUACAGAGAGCUGCUCUCUGCCGAUGGGCUGGACAUCGACAACAUGAGACACAAAGUGAAGGACUACUCUCUGGCUGGAGCCUACAGACGCAUCCUCAUCAGACCCAGCGACGUCAGCUGGGAGGUUAUUCAGUAUGAUGACCCCAGGAUCCCCCUGGUGCAUACGGAUUUUGAGAAACUGGAGAACAAACCUGCUCCCAUCUUCAACAAAGAGGGGAAGUAUCGUGCUCUGAGGAUGGAGUUUUCUCUGCCUCCUUCAACCUAUGCCACUAUGGCAAUCCGGGAAGUCCUCAAGUUGGACACAAGUAUCAAGAAACAGACGCAGCUCAACACCACCUGGUUCAACUGAGACCAGAACAAACUCUGGCUUAAACUGGACUGCUGCUUCACCCUGCACAGCACCUGUCUGUCGCUACUUACUGUUGUGAGUGUUUUAAGUGUAUCGAUGUUUGUGUGUGUGUGUGUGAGAGAGAGUGCUUGGGUUCUAUGUGAACCCCAAUUUUUUUUUUUGGG